AUGUUUAAAAAACGAAUAAUUAAUAAGUCAAAUAGACUUAAAAGAAACAUAGACGAAUUAGAUACUGAAAUUAUAGACAAUAAAGUAAAGAGAAAAGCAUUAAUUAUAAAACCACCACCAGAAUUAACAACGAGUGAGAUAUCUACAAAUUUAUCACAUAAUGGCAAAGAUAACGCAACCACUGAAAUCAAAUCAAAUAAUAAUAAGAGUUCAUUAAAACCUGUUUCAGAUAAUAUUAAAAUCACAACUGUAACUGAUUUUCAGCCUGAUGUAUGUAAAGAUUUUAAAGAAACUGGGUAUUGUGGAUAUGGAGACACUUGUAAGUUUUUACAUAUUAGAGAAGAAUCAAGACAAAAGAAACCAAUAAUUAAAGAAUGGCAAAAUGUGAGUAAUAGAAAUGAAAAGAGAGAGGAAAUUGAACAUUUGCCAUUUAAGUGUGUUUUAUGUAAAUCUGAUUAUUUACAACCUGUCAAGACUCAAUGUGGGCAUAUUUUCUGCAAGAGAUGUUUUUUAGAUAGAUAUAAAAUUAAAAAGAAAAGUAGUUGUUUUAUAUGUGAUUCAGAAACCAAUGGUGUUUUUAUACCUAUUUCACAAUCUGAAUUAAAUAGCUUAAUCAAUGAAUAA